GCAAGGCAAUUGGUUUAAAUUUGCCCAGAUGAGACGUGAUCCGCGGCACUAUUGCCUGACGCUGCUGUCAAUCCAGUGUGGGGCGGAGGACGCGAGCCUACCGGACACAGCACCGGAGACACCGGAGCAGAAGUUGAUCGGAGGAGCCGUUUAUCCUCUCCAGCUUGCUUUGGAUUGCUCUUACUUUACGCAGGCUUUCACACCGCUUGCAGUGUCAUCUGUGCGAUAAUGCCGGACACAAAAAAAUACAUCGAGAAUCUCUCUGGUGCGGGGAAGUGCAUCGGCGUCCUGACGAGCGGAGGAGAUGCUCAAGGUAUGAAUGCUGCUGUGAGGGCAGUGGUCAGAAUGGGAAUCUAUGUAGGAGCAAAGGUUUAUUUUAUCCAUGAGGGCUACCAGGGCAUGGUGGAUGGAGGCGAUAACAUCAAAGAGGCAUCAUGGGAAAGUGUUUCCAGUAUGUUACAAGUGGGUGGCACAGUGAUCGGCAGUGCCCGCUGUAAAGAUUUUCGCACCCACGAGGGGCGUCUACGUGCCGCCCUGAACCUGGUGCAGCGUGGCAUCACCAACUUGUGUGUGAUUGGUGGAGACGGCAGUUUGACCGGCGCUAAUCUCUUUAGGGAGGAGUGGAGCGGACUGCUAGAUGAACUUGUACAAUCAGGUCAGAUCAGUGAGGAUGCUGCCCAAACUCAUUCUGCUCUGCAUAUUGUCGGGAUGGUGGGCUCUAUAGAUAAUGAUUUCUGCGGGACAGAUAUGACCAUUGGCACUGACUCGGCACUGCACAGGAUCAUAGAGGUGGUGGACGCCAUUAUGACCACAGCGCAGAGCCAUCAGAGGACCUUUGUGCUGGAGGUUAUGGGGAGACACUGCGGGUAUCUAGCAUUAGUCAGUGCUCUUGCGUGUGGUGCUGACUGGGUGCUGAUUCCAGAAAGGCCUCCUAAAGAUGGCUGGGAGGAACAGAUGUGUCAGAAACUAUCAGAGAAUCGUGCUGAUAAGAAGCGGCUUAAUAUCAUCAUAGUAGCUGAAGGUGCGAUAGACCAUAACAACAAGCCCAUAACCACAGACCAUAUAAAGGACCUGGUCGUGAGCCGGUUGGGGUUUGACACACGGGUCACCAUUCUGGGCCACGUCCAGAGAGGAGGAACCCCCUCCGCCUUUGACCGGAUUCUGGCCAGUCGCAUGGGAGUGGAGGCUGUUUUGGCUCUUCUUGAAGCGUCUCCUGGUACUCCAGCAUGUGUGGUGUCUCUCUGUGGUAAUCAGGCUGUCAGGGUUCCUCUGAUGGAGUGCGUUCAGAUGACUCAGGAGGUCCAGAAGGCCAUGGAUGAAAAGAGAUUUGAAGAAGCCGUAAAGCUGCGUGGCAGAAGUUUCGAAAACAACCUGAACACCUACAAGCUCUUGUCUCACCGCAAAAUUGACACUGAGCUUCCCCGUAGUUCAUUUAAUGUGGCCGUGUUGAACGUUGGCGCUCCUGCCGCUGGUAUGAACGCGGCCGUGCGCUCAGCUGUCAGAGUCGGCAUCACUGAGGGACACACCAUGUUUGCUGUGAGCGAUGGGUUUGAAGGCUUCUACAAAGGACAGAUAAAAGAAAUCAAGUGGGGGGAUGUUGGGGGCUGGACGGGGCAGGGCGGGUCCCUGCUAGGAACAAAAAGAACCCUCCCAGCAAAACACGUGGAUAAAAUUGCAGAGCAGAUGAGGAUUCACAACAUAAACGCUUUAUUGGUUAUUGGAGGAUUUGAGGCAUAUUUGGGUCUGAUGGAGCUCCAAGCAGCUCGCUCCAAACACACAGAGCUCUGUGUGCCGAUGGUGAUGGUCCCGGCCACUGUGUCCAACAAUAUCCCCGGCUCAGACCUGAGCAUCGGGGCAGACACGGCCAUUAACGCCAUCACAGACGCGUUUGAGAGUUUGCUGCAGCUGGUGGACGCCCGCAGCAGGUAUGAGGAGUUCUGCGUGCCCCUGUGCAUGCUGCCCGCCACCAUCAGUAAUAAUGUGUCCGGCACUGACCUCAGCAUCGGCGCUGACACCUCACUCAAUGCCAUAGUAGAGACGUGUGACCGUAUAAAACAGUCAGCCAGCGGGACGAAGCGUCGCGUGUUCAUAAUCGAGACCAUGGGGGGUUAUUGUGGAUAUCUGGCAACCGUAGGUGGUCUUGCAGCAGGAGCUGAUGCUGCGUACAUCUACGAGGAGCCGUUUGACAUCCGAGACCUGCAGUCCAACGUCGAGCAUUUAACAGAGAAGAUGAAGACCAGCAUCCAGAGAGGACUAGUGCUCAGGAAUGAGAACAGCAAUGAGAACUACACCACUGACUUCAUCUAUCAGCUGUACUCUGAAGAGGGUAAAGGAGUGUUUGACUGCAGGAAGAAUGUCCUGGGACACAUGCAGCAGGGUGGCGCUCCUUCACCGUUUGACAGGAACUUUGGCACGAAGAUCGCAGCUAAAGCCAUGCAGUGGAUUUCCAAGAAGCUUAAAGAGUUUUACAGAGACGGCCGUGUGUUUGCCAACACUGAAGACUCUGCGUGUUUGCUGGGGAUGCGCCGCAGGGCUCUGCUCUUCCAGCCUGUUGUUCAGCUCAAAGACGAGACUGAUUUUGUUCACAGGAUCCCGAAGGAGCAGUGGUGGCUCCGUCUGCGGCCCCUCAUGAAGAUUCUGGCCAAAUACAAAACCAGCUACGACGUGUCGGAUUCAGGCCAGCUGGAGCACAUCGUCCGGCUCCGAGCUAAAGACAGCUCCGCCAUUUAACACCUCCAUUAAUUCACUCAAGAUCGGAGAGGACUCGACCUGUAGGAAUCUGAACACAUAAUCUUAUACGGUACAUGUGAAGCAGUUGAUGUUAGACAUUCAGCCACGAAAUCUAUCUAUGUGUUGUGAUUGACAAUCCAUCGAUUAGCUAAUCAUCCCUUUUAAAUGAGGCCGAGUGUUAUCUUUUGUGAAUAUGCAAGAUUUCCCUAUUUAUUUUUAUUCUAAUAGAGCUUAUUUUCAUUGAGAUCUCUGAAUGAUUUUUGUGCUUCUCUCUGGCUUAUAGUAGCACAAUUACACUUCUUUUUACUGUCUUAUUUGCAUUUUUACAGUCACUAGAACACAUUUCUCAAUACUUAUGUGGGUCACUUCAUAAAGCGUUUUGCAUAGCGGUUUUACUUCAUAGGGAUGUGCAAUAUUUAAAGUCUAUGAUGAAAUGAAAGCUAAAACUAGGAUACAGACCUUUUCCAGAGUCAAAUUUAAGCACUUUCGAAGUGGUAAACGACAUAUAAACGCACUUCCUCAUCAGAUGCUAUUUGUUAUAGUGUUAUAAAGACAAUAUAUUAGCCAUAAGCACUGAUGUGUCAUCUUAUAUUUAUUUUAAUCUUUAUUAACGUAUAUCAGGCUAUUAUAUUUAAUAUGUUGAAUAUAUAAAACAUUACAUUACUUAAUUAAAUUAUUAAUUAAAUUGAAACAGUGUUUUUCAUUCUAAUUUUUGUUCAAAAUGGCAUCUAUCAAAACAACAAUUAAAUUAAGAAAGCAACAGAGUUUUAAAGCAUUUUCAAGCACUUUAUCCAAAAUCUGAGCACUUUUUAAACCUUGAAAAAAUUUAUUAAAGUUCAAGCAUUUUCAAGGAUUUCCAGCGUAGCCCUCGCCAUGGCUGACGCCGACACUGCACCUCACAAAAACUGUAGCUACAAAAAAAAUAAAAAAAUAAAAUGUAGCUACACGUCGCAACGACACAUAGCGCAAGCUCUUCGAUUGGUCGGCUCGGUAGCUGUGAUGAGUGUGGGCAGUGCUGAUAGCCGCAAGCUUGAUGGAGCAAGUGUUUACAAGUGUCCCGUGAAGGAGCUCCAGAUGGUAGUAUUGUGUUUACCUUAUGAUUAAAGUUGUUGCACAUCCAUCAGUUCCCACCUCAGAAUGAGCGAGUUUUAGCCACUUGUACAUUAAGGUAGCGUUCAGAAAAAACGAAACACCUGCAAAGAAAUUCGACAGAGGAAUAUAAAAACCUACUGCCAGCUAGUGUUUCAGAAGUGUUACUGCAGUGCAACACAAACAGAACACAGAAGCAAAGAUGCAUGACUACGCACAAGGCUAACGCUAAUCACUCAACACAGAAAGGAUAAACCAGCCUUAAGAUCAGAUGCGGUUUACAAUUAUCGCACAAGUGUUGUUUUUUUUCCAAAUUCUGUUAAAGUUUAAUAUAAAAAAAUAUGUUCAUGUUUUGAUUACUUUUUUGUUUGUUUCUCCAAGGAAAAUCGUAAAAGUAUUUCACAGAAAUCCGCUGAUGCUUCCUUCUGAAUAAAUCUGUGUUUGAUCAAAUCAUUUGAUUCAGUGAUUCUAAAUGAAUCAGCCAUCUUGAUUAAAUUAUUUAAAGGGCACCUAUGAUGAAAAUUUACUUUUGUACUUUUGUAGUUAUAGUAUAUCCACAGUCAUAUUAGAGUGAUAUAAACACAACAAGUCUCUCUUUUUUUAUUUCCUGAUGUUAAAAUAGGACCUAAAUCCCAGUGAUUUUGAGGCCCGCCGCAACGUGACGUAUGAGAGUGGUUUACCCCACCCACGGAAUUGAUAUGCAUCUUGUUUCUAUGAUAUCAUGUGUACAUACGUCCACAGAAUGUUUUUGCAAAUAACUGGGAUUAAAACAUUUGUUUACUCUCUGUGAUCAGCUGCAGCUCAAUUAUUAGUUUUAGAAGUUCGAAACGUUUUUAAAACAGCAUGUUUGUAAUAAAGACAGUAAAAUCGCCAAUUCUUAACCACUAUAAUCACCACGGCCGCAUGAUGUCAGUAAACGUGCACUUAUGCGUGUGUGUGUGUGUACUGCAAACAGUAUUUGUGUGAGACUCAUCAUUUUAGAAAGGCUUGAAUAAACUCCACCACAAAUACAUCAAUUAGACUUACUUGGUAUUUUUGACUAAUGAGCUGUAUUUCAGCUUCAUCCGAGUCUGUCUCUGACUGCUGUUUAUCUGAUAUAAUGCAGGAUAAGCGACAUGCACGAGGCAACAGUGGGCAGGAGAAGCAGCUCAUUUGCAUUUAAAGACACAGGCUACAAAAACAGCUACACUGUACUCAGACACCCAAACGGGCAAAUUCUAGAGUCUAUAGUAUAUGAUCUGAUGGGUAUUUAGAGCUGGAGACACCAAAGGCUUAUCUUACAAGUAAAAGGCGUAAAACAGGUGCCCUUUAAAUGAAUAAUUCAAUAAAACGCUCAUUAAGACAUGCACUUACUGCCACCUGCUGGUGAUUUAUGUAUCUAUGACAGGCCUGAAUGAUUCAACCGUCAACUCUUUAAAAAAGAAGUGAAGGAUGUAUUGAGAAAUUGGUCCUAGCGAUUGUUAAAACUCAAGCUAAAGUAGCGUCUGAAUAGAGUAUUCAAGCUGCUAUUCUGUGUUGUAUGUUAAUGCAGGCACUUUGUACCAAAGCAGACGUGUUAAUAUGUGUGUGUUUGUCACAAUGUGCAUGUGUGUAUACGCUAAUAAUGCUGCAUAAACUCCCUUUAGAAUGUAA